AUGUCGUCUUCGUUGAGAGCUCCAGAACCUUUUUCUUUUGGGGCCAGUGAUUUGGCGGCCCAGUGGGGUAUUUGGCGUAGACAUUUUUCGUGGUACUUGGUGGCUACAAAUGCCAGCGCUAACGUGGAUGAAGAGCAGAUGGUAGGCGUCCUCAUCACUCUUCUUGGCAGUGAAGGCCUCAAAAUUUAUGAUACUUUUGUGUUCACUCCAGCCACUGAUGCCAUUAAAAUUACCCCAGUGUUGGACAAGUUCACUGCCCAUUUUGAGCCCCGACGUAGUGAGGUUUUUGAACGUUUUAAAUUCCUGCGUCGUCAUCAACUCGCUGGUGAAACGUUUGAUUCGUGGUUAAUUGAUCUCCGCGGUUUAGUAAAGUCGUGUGGCUAUGGAACUGGUGUUGAUUCGGUCUUACGAGACCAGAUAGUGCUCGGUGUGGCUGAUCCUUUAGUCCGUGACAAACUACUGUUUGAAAAAGAUUUAUUACUCAACACUGCGUGUGACAUUGUGCGUGCGUGUGAGUCAUCUAAGGCCCAGCUCAGCCAAAUCAACACAUCGUCGACAGCAGAAGCCGCUCACGCCAUUCAGAGUCGACCAGGUAGCCGGAAGUAUGAGAAAAAACCGGAAUCAUCAUUCAGAGCUCAGAAUGAGCAGCAACCGUCAACGAGUCAACGCUCAUCCCAGUCGACAGGUUCAAUAGAUGGCCAGCAGUAUUCCAAAUGCAACAGUUGCGGUCGUCGGCACAGAAAAAAUCAGUGCCGUGUUGCUAAUGUUACGUGUUUUAAUUGCGGUGUCGUCGGCCAUGUAUCAAGUUGCUGUCCUGAUCCGCCAAAACCCCGCCAGACGUCAUCACGUCAAGCACCAAGCCCCGCGGCCAAAGUUCAUGCUGUGGAGGAGGAGACGUACUGGAUUGGUGAUGUCGAUCGUGGCGGUACGGUAAUGGCCCUCCCGCGGUCAGUUGAAGAAAGUUACUACGUCUCUCAUGCCAUAACGUCGUCUGGUAAUGAUUCUGAGUGGCGCCAAGAAGUGACGGUAGAUGGCGUUAAAGUUGACUUCAAGCUUGAUUCGGGCGCUACGUGCAACAUUCUGCCGUAUGAGUCGUUUGCUCAGCUGCCCAAAACACGCCGUUGUCUUCGCCCUGGGCCCAUUGUUCGCAGCUAUCGUUCACAGGAUGGCCUCUUGCGCGUGCUAGGAUUGCACACAGCCAAAGUGGUUCACAAAGGUGCUUUGUUUGUUAUCGACUUUGUCGUGGUUGAUGAACCUGGCCAGCCACCCCUUCUAGGACUCCCGUCUUGCGACAAACUAAACUUGAUUCGGCGAGUCGAUGCUGUUCAGUCGCCAGUUGAAGCUCCACUGCCACCAAUCGUCGUGGAAUUCAUGGACGUCUUCACGGGAUUAGCCAGUCGACUUCCAUACCGGCUGGAGGGUCGCGUUUUUAAGAAAUUGGACGAAAUGGUCAACGAAAAGAUCCUCACCCCCGUGCAAGAGCCAACUGAGUGGGUCAGCCGCAUGAUGGUGGUGGGAAAACCAGACGGUGAUGUCCGUAUUUGUCUGGACCCAUUUGAACUAAACAAAGCGAUCCAACGUCAACAUUUUGCCGUCCCCACCAUCGAACAGCUGUUCAGCAAGCUGGAUUCCUUUGUCUGA